AUGGCGACUAUGGUUAAAGAAAAAAAGCGAGACAAAAAAAAGACAAAAAGCAAACAUUCAUCAAAAAAAGAAGAUGAACCAGAGGAGUUAUUUGAAGAAAAACAAAAUAUCCCAGUAACAGCAAGUAUUACAAGUGACCUUGAAACAUGCUCCUUAGGUGAAGGGCAUGAGACAUGUGAUGUGAUCAUUGAAACAAAUGAUACAGAUAAAAAGACCACUUUAGUAGUGGAACCUAUUAUUGAAGAGGAAAACCUCAAAGUGAAAGAUGAUAAUGAUGAAAAAGUGGAACCAUCAGCACCAGUGUUUGAGGAACGUGAAGUUGUGUCUUAUCCAGUUCUCGUUGAAGUAUUGGAACAACAAAUUACAGAAAAAAUUACACAUAUGCCAUUAGAAGAAGCUAUAAGAUUAUUUGGUGGAAGAGAAAUUUCUGAAGUUAGGGCUAUCAGUGAACAAGAGGAGGCCUAUGUUGAGGGUGGACCUCAGAGUCGCCCUGAUCAUCCUCUAAUUGAUUAUUUAUCUACAUUUAGAUCUUCACUAAAAGCUGUUGAGCGAGAACGUAAUCGAAUAGCUAGUGGAUAUGAUGAAGAAGACAAGUCUAGGGAAACACUUUGGAAAGUUCACAAGCGCACAGUUAAUAUAUCAGAAAAAUGUCCAUGUGGUGCAGCUAUAACCUUCAGAGCUUCUUUUGAUGUAGCAAAUCUAGAUAAAGAGAGGAUGCCAGCAGCGCGUAUGCGAUUAGAGUCCUUAUUACGUGAAGUAGAGGAAUCAUAUUGUCAUCACCAGCACAUCACCCUGCAAACACAUUAUGAUAUAGAUGAAUUGAUAUAUGAUAUCUUGCAAACUCAUAAGGAUAAUGUCAAAGAGGCAUUAUUCCUUGUGUUUCAAGCGAUGCGAUUAAGUGAUGGUGCCCCAGAGGCCUAUGCACAAGCUUUGCAGCGCUGGGCCUGCAUUCUGUCCUCCUCACUCCUGGAUGAAGAUUGUGAUGAAGCAUUGAGCUAUUUGAUGUUUUUCCUGCACAUUAUUUUCAGAUUAACUCGGUCAGUGCAAUGGGCGGGAAGCAUCUUUAGUUUACAAAUAACCGACAUGAGCUCGGCUGCCAGACUGAUGGGCAUAUUAGAGGUGAUACUCACACGGCCUGUGCUCGAGACCGCACAGGAAUGUACUGAAGAGGCAUGGGAAGAAGUGGAUGACCGCGGGGAGGGCUGCGCGGUAGGCCAGGGCCGGCUGCGCGAGCGCGACCUGCUGUAUCUGCUGCAAGCCCUGCCUCUGCGCGAUAUGCUCGCUAAGCUGGUUCUCUUUAUGAGACAGGAUAUAAGCCAAGAAAGCGACUUGUAUUGGGGCGACCAUUCGGGCGGUCACGGGGUCCUCAAGUGUUGCUGCGGCGUGCGCACGCUGCUGCACAUCCUGCAGCGCGGGCACGACGCGCACUGCAGCUACGUCAAGGUGCAGCGACACUUGAGACACUUGGCUGUAGCUGCGUUGAAUGCGUUGGCUGCGUUGAAUUUACAUUCUAGAGUUUCUUACACGGCGGAACUGGAAGAGAAGAUCACAGUGGAGUUGGAGGCGUGUUUCGCGGCCGGCUUCAGCCUGUUGCAGGACGAGGCGUACAAGAUAGAGGCGACGUUGCUCCGCCCGUGCACCGCUAUGGCGUACUGCAAUGAUAUAAUUAUGGGAUUGCAUAAGCCGUCGCCGGUGACUAUAGAGGAGCUGUCGGUGGCGCUGCAGACGCCGCAGUGCGCGGCGCGCGCGCGCCUCGCCGCCGCGCCCGCGCUGCAGCGCGCCGGCGACCACGACUUGGCGCGCGUCGUGCUCGAGUUCCUCUUUCAGACUGGCAUCAGGCCGCCGCCGGCGGCGUGCGCGCGGGGCUGCGGCGAGGCGGCGCGCGAGCUGCUGCCGCCGCUGCUGGCCGCGCACCCGCGCCUGCACACCUUCGCCUUCCACCUGCUCGCCGAGUUCUCUCUCUCGGAAAACAUCGAUCCAGCCCUCCUCGAGCACUUGGCGUGCGAGCGCUGGCGGCCGUCGGCGACGGAGGCGCGCGUCGUGCUCACGGACUGGGCCGUCAAGUGCUUCCCGCUCAUACAGCACCUGCUGCUCUCUUUGGACUAUACGCCUCAUACCGGAGUGUCCCUGGACACGCAGCUGAUGAUAGGCGCGUGGGUGUGCGAGUGGGCGGCGCCGCGCAGCGACGCGCCGGAGUGGGCGUGGCACGCGCUGCGCCACCUGCGCGUGCACCGCGCGCUGUGGCGCCUGCCGCUGCACGCGCCCGCGCACGCGCCGCCCCGCGACCUGCUGCACGCCGCCUUCGCGCUGCUGGCCAGCGAUUGGGGGCAUUCGUUGCCUUUGAUAUGCGGGCCGGGCGUGGAGGCGCUGCACCGGCUGGCGCUGGCGCGGCCGGCGGACGCCGCGCACUGCGCCGCGCUGCUCAUGCUGGUGAUGGCGCAGUCGCCCGAGUCCGUCUCGCUCACGCCCAAAUUCACGGAGGUAUUCUCGGUGAUCCUGAGCUCGGGGCCGAGCCUGGUGCAGCGCGCGCUGGGCCGCCGUGCCUCCACCGGCCACGAGACGCUGCAGCGUCUGCUCUUACUGCAGAUGAUGGACACUGACACGGAGGAGGCGGAGCGCAGCGCGGUGCUGGCGGCGUGGCUGCACGCGCUGUGGCGGCCCGCGCUACCGGGCGCCGCGCGCGCCGCGCUGGACGCCGCAGUGCGCGCGUGCCGCGGCUGGCGCGCGCUCGACGCGCAUGCGCACGCGCUGCUGCAGCCAAUAUUAAUGAAAUUAGCCGCAGUUGGCGAAGUCGUUCAGAAGGGGCGUUAUAGUAGUGUUAUGGGACAGGAGGAGAACGCGUCUGAGUUCCUGUCGGAUGCCGUGCGGCACGCGGCGGCGGCGCCGCUGCUGUGCGAGGCCGCGCUGCGCGCCGCGCACGCCGCCGAGCUGCGCUCGCGCUCCUACGCGCGCCUGCUGGCUGAGCUGCGCCGCCAGCGCGACGCGCGCCACCGCAUACACGUCGACAACGCGCUCAAGCAAAUCGGGUCGUCCCUGUGUGAGGAGGAGCUGGCGGUGCACCGCUGCGGCGCGGCGGCGCUGGCGGCGGGCGCGACGCACCCGGCGCACGCGCUGCUAUGGCGCCUGCUGCUGCACAUAUACCUGCAGCGCCCGCCCACUGAACAAGCCGAAUUACAACCACCAGUAGGACCACUAUUCUUCAGUGGCAUAAUCAAAUCUCGUACUCUGUCUCAAUUGAAGAAACGUCUUCAAGAAACUGCUUUGUUCCAUCACACUCAAAUCGAUGUAUGGAAGUCCGCUGAAAGUAGUGUCGUCAGUACUCCAACAUCGAGUGUUGUGAAGACCAGCACUAGCAUCGAUAACGACAUGUUCCCAACACUAGCGAUGAUCGAUUUGACGGGAGUAUCGAAUAGCCAAUCGGAUUGCACGCUCUCUGAGGAUAGUAAGACAGACGACUCUAGCGUCAAAGAGACGAGCGUUGAUAGAGAUAUUCGUAAUCUGAUGAAUUAUCAUAUAGGAGCUGAAAAGUUAUUCCGUGAAUAUUUGAUGUGGUUGGAGGAGGGGGAGGACGUGCGCGCGCAACCUCACCAUGCCGAUAUAAACCGCUUUCUUACAGAACAGGCUCUGGACGUGGCGUGGCGCGCGUCGCUGGGCGCCAUCUCGCUGCCCGCGCGCUCGUCCAGCGCGUCGCCCAUCACGUCGGGCGGCGCGUCGCCCGCCACGCCCGCCGCGCCCGCGCCCGGCGCCGCGCACGCGCAGCGCGCCGCUGUGGCCAUUAUGAGUAUCGGAAAUGGAAAAAUUAAAAAAUACAAAAUCCCACCGCUGCCGCAGCCUCUGGACGACGUGUACUUCACGGACUCCUACCUGCUGUACCAGACGGUUGACAAAUAUCUUAACGAAUUGAAGCAAAUAUCUGAACAGUGGGAGGCGGAGGUGUCGCGCGCGGCGCAGCUGGACGCGGCGCUGUGGGAGCUGGUGCGCGCACUGCGCGUAAGCCGCGCGCUGCCGCCCGUGCGCCGCGCCUGCGCGCGCGCCUGCGCCCCGCGCCUCGUGCGCAUACCGGAAAUAGAAUGGUGCAUCUCUACUGGAGCUGAGCAAGGAAUACAAGAUAAUAGACGCAGCGCUCGCAACGCUAUCCGCCAGCUGUCGCGGCCGCGGCCCUACGUGGCGCGCCUCACCUCCAUUGUCAGCUCCAUUGGCGGUCGCAUAGGGCGUGAGGCGUGCGCGCUGGAGGUGGCGGAGCGCGCCUACCGCGCCGCCGCCGCCACGGCGCGCUGCGCGCCCGUGCACGACGCCGUCACCGCGCUCGUCUCCAGCAUCGCGCAAAGAUUUAUUUGCCUGGAUAGCAAGACAGCAUCAGAGUACCUCGCGCGGUGGAUGCAAGGCAACAGCGCGCAGCAGAAGCUGUGCACCGCGCUCAUAGCGCCUCUGAAGAUCAACCCGACUACGUGGCCCAAGCUGUACAAUACUGUGCUCACUUUGAACCUAGAACCUCACGUGGCUUUUAGCUUUUUGUCCAAAUUCGACAUGGGCGCGUGGGCGGAGCGCGCGGACUCGUCGCAGCGCAGCGAGGUGCUGGAGGCGCUGGUGAAGGCGGCCCUGCGCGUGGGGCCCGCGCCGUCGGACACCUACAUGGUCUUGUUGGAGAUACUAGACAAGCACUCGGGCGCGAUAGUGCGCAAGAAGGAGGUGUGCGCACACACGCUGCGCUGCGCGCACGCCAGCGUGGCGCGCCGCCUGCCCGCGCCCUACUGCGCGCACCUGCCGGCCGCCGCGCUCGCCUACGCGCAUAUGGUGCCCUUCGAUCAGCUCGGCCACCUCCUCCGCGAGCUGGGCCUCAUAUUCUGGGAGGCGCGCAACACGGCGGCCGCGCACGCGCAGCACGCGCCCUACGCGCCCUACGCGCCGCACUUCACGGCCACGCUGCACAACUUGCUCCGGGGCUUCGUCGCGGCCGCCGUCGCGAGAGAGUACGAUCCGGAGAGAGUGGCAUACUACGCGUCGUCGGCGCUCCACGAGUCGUGGUCCGCGUGGGUGGCGCCCGCGCCCGCGCCGCACCUCGCGCCCGGCGCCGAGGAUGACGUCGCGGCCACCUUCUGCGAAGCUAUCCUUAUGGUCAUGCAGGCUGUUUCCGGAUGUUCCGGGCACGUGCUGCGCUACGUGUGGGAGUGGGCGGUGGUGACGUGCCUGGGCGCGGGCGAGGACGCGGCGGGCGGCGCGCUGCUGGCGCGGCUGGCGCGCCUGCCCUGGGACCAGCGCUGGUUCCAUGUGGACUGCUUGCUUGUCGUGCCGCAGAUAAUAGGUUCGUCCAACCAGAGCGUGCAGUCGUGGUGCGGCGGCGUGAUGCGGCACGUGGCGGCCGGCGACUGGCUGGCCGGCUGCGCGGACGAGCAGCUCGCGCCCAACCUGCUUGCCGCGCUCGCCCUGCUCACCAGCAAACAGAUUGUACUCCCUGAACAGGCUUUGGAUGAAGCAUGUAAGCUGCCCUGGCACCGACUGCCGGCUAUUGCGGUGGAGGAAGCCUUCGAGAAGUAUUUCGUGGACCAUUACAGUACUGUAGUACCGUAUCACGAACAGCCACACUUUAGAGUGAUGCUGUCGGCGUGCAUGCUGUGGGCGGCGGCGCCGGCGGCGUGCGGCGCGCAGGCGGCGGAGCGGCGCGCGCGCGGCGUGGCGCAGUGGCUGCGCGCCGCCGCCGCGCCCGCGCUCGCGCCGCACGUGCAGGCCUACACGAAGUAUCAGCUCGACCUUAUGGCUCAAUUGGCUCCCCAUAUAGAGCGGGCGCCGGGCGAGCUGGAGGGCCUGCUGGGGCGCGCGCUCGCCAUAAUGUGCAUAGAGCCCGCCGCCGCCAUCGCGCUGCCUGUAUGGGAGCAAUGGAUACAGAGCAGCACGCCGGGCGUAAGGCGCGCGUGCGCCGCCGCCGUCGCCGGCCUCACCACCCUCGACUACUUCGCCGCGCUCGCCGACGCUGUGGCGAAGGCGAUCAUGAAUGAGAAAGAAGGCAACUGGUCGGAGGUGUCGGCGCGCUGGUCGGGCUGCCCGUGGGCGGAGGGCGGCGCGCUGGUGCUGCGGCGCCGCGCGCACGCCGCCUACGCGCUGCUGCUGGCGCGCGCGCACUCGCACGCGCACCUGCGCCAGAUAUUCAGAUCGCUUGUUAACACUGAUAUUGAUUUUUCUGAGAACCAAAUAAUUAUAUCCGUCUGGAUCUGCGCGGCGGGUCGCGUGGCGGUGCGCGCGGCGGCGGGCGAGGCGGGGGCUGCGGGGGCGGGGGCGGAGCGCGAGGCGGAGCGCCGCGAGUGCGCGGAGGCGGCGCGCGCGCUGCUGCAGCGCUGGGCGGAGCAGCGCCGCUCCCUGCUGCAGCUGGUGGCGCUGCAGACCGCGCACUGUCCCACACAGCAACACCGUCUCCUCUGCCGGCUGGCGCUGUGCAUCAUCUCGCCGUCGGAGAGCGCGACGCGGUCGUACGAGGCGGCGUGCGCGGCGCUGGGCGUGUCCCCCGCGGGCUCGGCCCCCGCGCCCCGCGCGCUGCCGCGCCUGGCCGCGCGCCUACACCCCGCGCACGACCACUACUUCCAGCAGGAGCUGCAGCUCAUGCCCGAGGCCAUA